GGUGAGGAAUGGUCCACGCCAGUAAGAAUGAGGCGUUAACGCUUCCUUCCUUAUCCCUUUGUUAGAUUCAGCUUUCACAACACAACCCAAGACAUGAAGAUGGCUUCCCUGACUGCCCCAAAGCACUACUCCCUCCCAACCUUCCUCCGCCCUCAAUCUCCCAAAUACCCUUCUCACUAUCCACUCCUUUCCACAUCCUCUGCUUCUCAAUUCUGUGGCCUCAAGCUAUCUUUCUCCACUCCCAAUGCCAAUGCUGCUUCUCCGCUUCUACUUCCUUCCGUUUUUGCCAAGGUGAGUAAAGGUUCAAAGCCACCACCAUUCACGCUCAAAGAUCAAGAUGGAAAGACCGUCAGCCUCUCCAAAUUCAAAGGCAAACCUGUGGUUGUCUAUUUCUACCCUGCAGACGAGACCCCUGGCUGCACCAAGCAGGCUUGUGCUUUCAGGGACUCCUACGAGAAGUUCAAGAAAGCAGGAGCCGAGGUUGUUGGAAUCAGCGGCGACGAUCCUUCCUCUCACAAGGCUUUUGCCACCAAGUACAGACUUCCAUUCACUUUGUUGAGUGAUGAGGGUAACAAAGUCAGGAAACAAUGGGGAGUACCCGGUGAUUUCUUUGGAGCAUUGCCUGGCAGAGAGACCUAUGUUCUUGACAAGAAUGGUGUCGUUCAACUUGUUUACAACAACCAGUUCCAACCUGAAAAGCACAUUGAUGAGACCUUGAAACUACUUCAGGGUUAG